GUCCCACACUCUCAGUCAGAGCGCGGCGUUGACAGCUCCUGGCCACUCAUCAGCCCACUUUCUCGGGUUUUCACGUCUCUAUGUAAAACUGCUGAAAAGAAGCUCUGACUUUUGCAAAAAAAAAAUUUGCACGCAGCGAAACAGGAAGACCGUCCAGCGAAACCCCCUCUACGUGUGUUUUUUUUUUUUAAAUUCUAGCCGUAUCACAGUCUCACCGCUCCCCGCACGAUGUCUGGAGAGGACGCACCUGCCCAGCAGCAAAACGCCGUGGACCAGAAGCAGGAGACCAAACCCGCAGACGAGCCCAAGUCCGAGCCGCCCAAGACCGAGUCCGCGCCCGCGGGCGCCGCGGAGGCGGCGGCGACCCCCGCCGCCGCCACCGAGAAGGCCCCGGAGGAGGAGACGUUCACGUACCGCGCGCUGGUGCUCACCGGCUACGGCGGCUAUGAUAAAGUUAAGCUGCAGGUGAAGAAGGGCAAGCCGGCGCUGAAGGCGGGCGAGGUCCUGGUGCGGGUCAAGGCUUGCGGGCUGAACUUCGCGGACCUGAUGGCGCGCCAGGGGCUGUACGACCGGCUGCCGUCCCCGCCGGUCACCCCGGGGAUGGAGUGCUCCGGGGUGGUGGAGGCUGUCGGCGAAGAAGUGACGGACAGAAAGGUGGGGGACAAGGUGAUGGUGCUGAACCGCUUCGGGCUCUGGCAGGAGGUGGCGGCGGUGCCGGCGAGCCACACCUUCCUCAUCCCCGAGGGCAUGAGCUUCGAGGAGGCGGCGGCGCUGCCCGUCAACUACAUCACGGCCUACAUGAUGCUGUUCGACUUCGGCAACCUGCGGCCCAACCAGAGCGUCCUGGUCCACGCCGCCGCAGGCGGCGUGGGCAUAGCGGCGACCCAGCUGUGCAAGACAGUGAAGGACGUGACUGUGUUCGGCACGGCGUCCUCCAGCAAGCAUGAGACCAUCAGCGAGGGCGGCGUCACGCACGCCAUCGACUAUCGCACCAAGGACUACGUGGAAGAAGUCCGCAAGAUCAGCCCCAAAGGGCUGGACAUUAUACUGGACCCUCUUGGAGGAUCAGACACCCACAAGGCCUACAACCUGCUGAAGCCCAUGGGCAAACUCAUCACUUAUGGUGCAGCUAACAUGCUGGCGGGCCAGAAGAAGAACCUGAUCGCCGUGGCCAAGAACUGGUACCACCAAUUCUCCAUCCACACGCUCAGCCUGAUCCAGGGGAACAAGUCCGUGUGUGGCUUCCACCUGGGCUACCUGGACGGGGAGACGGAGCUCAUCUCCCAGGCCAUGAGCACCAUUUUGGACCUCUACAAGCAGGGGAAGGUCAAGCCCCGCAUCGACUCCACUUGGCAUCUUGAACAGGUGGGCGACGCCAUGAGAAAGAUGCAGGAGAGGAACAACAUCGGGAAAGUUAUCCUCACCACAGAGCCGAUGCCCGAGGAGGAGAAGAAGGAAGAGCCCAAGAAGGAGGACAAGAAAGAGGACAAGAAGAAGGAGGACAAGAAAAAGGAUGACAAGAAGAAGGACGAUGGCAAGAAGGAGGAGAAGAAGGACGACAAGAAGAAGGAAGAGCCCAAGAAGGAGGAGAAGAAGGAGGAAGAGAAGAAGGAGGAGCCCAAGAAGGAGGAGAAGUGAGAAGAAGAGGAGGGAAAGUCGAGCAGACCAGCAGGGGGUCUGUGUCCUGGGAGCGGGGGUUGUGGUGUGGGGGGGGUGCCUGGGUGGGGUUGGGGGUUAGCUAGGAGGGGAGAUCACAAAAAUGAUCACACCAAUGUCAGUCUUUCAUCCUCAUGAGCGAUUUCUCAGGCCUGGCUCCAGCCACCUUCCUUCCUCCAAUCUCAUUUUCUUGCCUUUAUCUAAAACCCAGUCACCUGUUACACGCGUACGCUCCAGUUGUUUUCCUUCUGCUUCACCAGAUUAAUAACGCGUCCUCAACGCUCGAGAGGUUUUUCCCAUCGGGAAUGACAGAGACAAGAAAGCCACGGAUGGUUGUGGACAGGGUCCAGGCCUGGGGCAAAUUGCCCGUUUCCAUGACAACCACAGUCCCUGCUCGCUCACUGGUCCCACCCUCGACCCCCAGGCCCCUUUCUCACCUCAGCUCCCACUGUGCUAAAUCGCUCUGCUCUGACUUCCACCUGCCACCUCCUGUCCUCCCCCGCCCCACCCCCCUCCCUCACUGCGCUGAGUCCGCCCUCACCUCCCACAUCACCCACACCCGUCGUCCACGGGCCGGACUCGCAGACAGGCGCAAAGACAGGCAGAUAGACGCAGAACCACGCCCACCCACACGUCUCUUGGUGUCCAAAGCUUAGUUAUGUCACAGUAUGAGUCAGACCCGACUGUGAUUGGCUGAUGCACCCCACCUUCCCUGGACACAUUUGCAUCAUGGAUUUGAUCAUCAUGUUUGACAAUAGUGUUAACGCUACCAUUGGUUAUUGUGGCCUUAGCUUGGCUAUAAGCAGCAUCAGUUAUCUGGAAACUGCUCCACAAUGCAUGUGUUCACUGAAGUUCAUGCAGUGGCUGCAGUUUUGCCCUUGCCUGAAUAUGAAUUUCCUUAAUAAUGAGCCUUUCUGUGCAGCAUUGAAUGGGGAGGCAGAAAUCAUUGCUCAGCUUCCUUCUCCCUAGUUACAGAUUUUUCUAGCUGAACAACUGUUGGCAAGCGGAGCGCGCUGCCAAUUAAGAGAGAAUUUGUUGCUGUUCAAACAAGCCACAAAACGUACACACUCUGAAUGCGAUGAAAGAGGCACUGUCGCGCUGAGACAGUGAAGCGUCUGAAAUGAGCAAGUUAAGAAGGUGAAUGCCGGCCCUGCUCCCUCUGGAUCAGGCUUUGCCUCCCUGAUCCUCCUCGAGGCGCUGCGUGGCAUUCAGCCUCUCGCCUGCCCAUCACUGACCAGAGAGAGGGGAAUUCAAUUCAAGCUGCCGUCCAUACUUUGUCUCCUCUCCUCCUCCCCACUCUCUCUCUCUCUCUCUCUCUCGCCUCUUUCCAUUUCCCUCUCUAUGGUCGGCAUAGCAACAGGCGUCAGGCUCAUCAGAGAUGGCACUGUGGUCUGUUCUUCUGACUCUCUCCUUUCUCUAACCCUGUAUUUAGCAACGGUCACAGCCAUUUACUAGAAUUUAAGCAGGUGUAAAAUGUAUUUGAGAUUCUGUAAAUACCGAGGUGGUGAAGCAGAUUUCAGGGCAUUUUGAAGCUGAAUUAAGCCGAAAUUGAAGUCUAGCCUUGACAAUGUGUGCAGUCUUUAGACAGAACCGGCGCACCGCUCCCCCUAAUGGCCAGAAUGGGUUUCGUCUGGCUGUCCUGACGUUAGAAGUCUGUUAGGUGUGUUCUGCGUUGUUUUGGAUCAUAAAUCGUCGGUGUGGGUGGAUGCCAACCUUGCAUCUUCAUCAUCACCAUCUUCCUGCCUGUCUGCCUGUGAGCCCGGCCUCGGUGUCCAGACUCAGAUGGUGACUAGUAACUUUGUAAAAAAAAAUCAGAAAAAAAACAAAAGCAAAAUGUCCAAAAAAAGAAGAGAGGAAAAAAAAGUUGUGUUAGCAUGAGUGGCCUCCCUCAUGUGCUGUGUGUGGUGUGCCAUUGUGUGUGAAAAGAUGUGUGUCCUCAGGUCGUUCGUCAGGUUUCAAAAGCACCCACCCGACCCUCACAUUUCCCCAUCGCACUACUCUGCUACAGUAUUAUGUAGCUUUCCCGCCACAGCCCUUCUUCUUCUUCUAUCUCUCCCUCUGUCUGAUAAGAGGCAUGUGUUGUGAGGACAGUUGGUAUUAGUAUUUUGCACUCUGCUCGCUGAUGCACUUACAGGCAUGGCGGUCACGCUCCAGCCCCAACGCAGGCUCCCGGUUCUGCCCCACGUCCGCUGCCUGCUUCCUCUCAUCCACUCCCGGCGUCUCUGCUGCGGCUCGGCGAAAGCGCAGGUGGCACCGCAUGCGCACGCGCGACGGUCGCCGCCUCGGCCGACUGCGCUGGGGCGGCGGCAGAAAUCGGAGCGCGCGCGUCCGUCCUUAAGAGGUGGAGCGGGGCGGGGCGGGGCGAGCUGGGCUGGCGCGCGACCGCCAUGCAGGUGUGGGGAGUGACUGUGUCCCGUUAGCCUCUGGUUAGUGUUCUGUUCUAAUCUGCUGGGCUCCCUUUGUGAACCUGUGGACGGUGCUUCUGUUCCGAGUGCCAUGUGAGAAACAAACGCUUCAAUUAAAAAAAAAAAGUAUCUUUUACUUAAUAUGUUAUUUUGAUUUACCUGUAUAUUUUUUUUGUUUGUUUGUUUUGUUAUCCAAGGGUUUAAAGUUCAAAGUUCAUACUCUACGUGGGGACCUGCUAACCUGCACUCCUUUUAAAUGUGAUGAAGUCUUUCUGUUGGUCUGAACCAUGUGUGCCAAAAUGUAUGUAUAUUCCUCUGUCGAUGCUUUGAAUAUUAACAGUGCAUAAAAGUAUGAAAAAAAUGAAAGAAAAUCUGUUUUGGAAGCAUUUCUGUCAACCAUGGGGUAAAAAAAACCACAGUUCUCGUCAAAGUUGAUCCCAAAUGUUCAUGGGUGCUACUGACGAUGUCUUUGCUGCAGUUUACAAACGGUUUAACACAAUUCGCUGUUUUGGACCGGUUGCAGUCUUGCCGGAGCGCAGGCCCGGCCCCAUUCGCGCGUACCUCCAGCUGAGGCGGCUCCUCCGUGUUUGUAUCUUCUCUGUGUUGGAAUGUGAUUGAUAUGUCGACAGGCCGGGUUCAUUUCUCCUGUGUGUUUACGACAGUAUCGCAGAGAAAAAGGCACUUUUAGGUUCACAAACUUCCCGACAAGACGGAUUAAAUCAGCAGCAUUCCUCCAAAUCUGAACCUUAGUGACUUCCCCUCUAUGGGUUUGUUCAUUUUCUUUACAAAUGACCUGGGCAGCAAGUGAGGGACCAGAUGUUUGCAUGCAGCUGUGGCGCGGUAUCUCUGCACAGCUGCACACAACCCUCAUCCUCUUGGUCGAUCUCAUCUCAGCCCUGGCCUGGUGCAGAUGCAACACUUCCGCUGCACAGCUGAUCUCCGUUCAGUCCUUCCUCUUUCCCCUGUGCUGCAUCCGCGGAGCCUCUUGGCCGGCGAAGCGGUCACGGCGCAGCAGCAUCCAGCCGUUCUCACUCCGCGCACAUUUGUAGCAAAUGAAACAUCGCUCUGACAUCUGGAAUUAGAUGUUGCAUGCAUUCAUCAGCAUGUGGAAAACAGAUUAUCAUCCCGUUUCUUUCUAACAUGUUCCUCAUGGCUCUUUUAUGCUAAGAUGCCUUUGAGAUGAGCUCAAUCAGUGGGACGGGCGUUUGGCGUCUGGGGUUGAGGGUUCAAGUGGAUCCGUCACUUGAACUCCAGCCCGCUUCUCUCUGCUUUGGCCUGACGCCCGAGCGCUUUUCCACCGUGGCGAGGCUGCACCUUGAAAUGGUCUCGCAUCAUUCCAGACACUUAUGCAAAAGUAUUCAACAACUCAGUGAUGCAUGUAAGAAGUGGAAAAUAAAGUGGUAAUUUUCAGAACAUCUGCAGUGUGGGAUUCGAUAUGAAUCUUCACUGCUUCUGGUUUUACAUUGAACAUGCGUGUAAUAUUUUCAACAGCUACUCCUCCAAGUGUCUUGGCUUGUACAGCCGCCGUCCCUCGCAGGCCCUUUCUUUUUGUUUUACCCAUGAUUCCUCAGGCCGCUCCAAAAAGCAGUUUUCCUCAUUUCACUUUUGCUUUUACCGACACACUUCGCGUCACACCUGAGGUGACAUCGUCCUGUUUCCCCGCACACCGAGUUCACUGCGCAAUCUGCCACUAUCCGUGUUUGAUGUGAGCUUUAUAUUAUACUGUGAGUCAAAGUCGGGCCGCCGUGUUCACCCGUCCGCACCGAGAGCCACAUCUGCCUGCAGCUAUUGUUUUCAAGGUGUUCUAAUGCAACCACAUCACACGCGCACGACGAAGCCUUGUCACCUUCUCUACGGGGGUGCAUGUCUCAUUGAGCGGAAUAGAAGGCGCGCGUCUGUGCAGCUCCGUCUCCUUGUGUUGUGCGGGAGGAGAACGCACUUCCAGUCGUAUCACGUUGCCAACUGAAGCCAAUCCACUGCCCCCCCCGACUCCCCGGCCCCACGUUCAGCACGGGCCCCCGUCACAGCGCGUUCACGACACACCUUAAACUCUGGGACUGCUUCAGAACCUCGCGUCACAUCCGUGCCACCACGCUCGUCCUGCUAGAGUUCAGUCGUCCGUGGUGGUUUUCUACAGGGCAUACCCAAUAGGUUGACUUCCAAGCUAGCGCUCCUCGGCCCCGUCCGUCCGACCGUCCUUGUGUUGUAUUUUUCCCCCGGUUGAAAACGCUCUUCUUGUCUCAACUUUGUUUUUUAAACCCUUUGAAUUGAUGCUGCUUCUGUGCUUGACUCUGGGUUUACUGCGUGGUGCCAUGUUGUCCACAUGGCCUCUAGAGCUUGUAACGCUUCAGUGUGUAAUGUUACCAUAUGCCUUACAUGUUUUCCAGGACUAAUAAAAAAAGCAUAACAAAAAGCCAGAA